ACAGGCCAAUCAUAGCGCCGAGAAGGCGGGGCGGGAGCCUCGCAAGCCAAUAACAACAACAGGAGGAACGGGCCUAACCCCGCAGGUGGAAGAAGCGGCUACCUGGGUCAGGGCACCUGGUCGAAUUUGGGUGGUGGUGGGCGGCAUUCUCCGCGCGAGCAUCCAGGUGAAGGAAUCGCAAUAGAGGAUCGUAGAAUUAUAAGGCCGUGUGCAGAGAUUUGAAAAAUGGCAACAAAUGAAAGUGUCAGCAUCUUUAGUUCAGCGUCCUUGGCUGUGGAGUAUGUAGAUUCACUUUUACCUGAGAACCCUCUGCAAGAACCAUUUAAAAAUGCUUGGAACUAUAUGUUGGACAAUUACACCAAGUUCCAGAUUGCAACAUGGGGCUCCCUGAUAGUUCACGAGGCCAUUUAUUUCUUGUUCUGUUUACCUGGGUUUUUGUUUCAAUUUAUACCUUACAUGAAGAAGUACAAAAUUCAAAAGGAUAAACCAGAAACAUGGGAAAACCAAUGGAAAUGCUUUAAAGUACUUCUCUUUAAUCACUUUUGUAUCCAGCUUCCUUUGAUUUGUGGAACUUAUUAUUUUACAGAAUAUUUCAAUAUUCCUUAUGGUUGGGAACAUAUGCCAAGAUGGUAUAUGCUUUUGGCAAGAUGCUUUGGUUGUGCGGUGAUUGAGGACACCUGGCACUAUUUCCUGCAUAGGCUCUUACACCACAAAAAAAUAUAUAAAUAUAUUCAUAAAGUUCAUCAUGAGUUUCAGGCUCCAUUUGGCAUGGAAGCUGAAUAUGCACAUCCCCUGGAGACCCUGAUUCUCGGAACUGGAUUUUUCAUCGGAAUCAUUCUUUUAUGCGAUCAUGUAGUUCUUCUUUGGGCCUGGGUGACCAUUCGUUUGCUAGAAACUAUUGAUGUCCACAGUGGUUAUGACAUUCCUCUCAACCCUCUCAACCUCAUCCCUUUCUAUGCUGGCUCCCGGCACCAUGACUUCCACCACAUGAACUUCAUUGGCAACUACGCGUCGACGUUCACGUGGUGGGAUCGGCUUUUUGGAACAGACUCUCAAUUCAUUGCCUAUACAGAAAGGAUGAAGAAGGCUGAGAAAAAGACUGAAUAAGUAUUUAUAUAACACUGCCUGAAGAUGUACAGUUUCCCGAAUUAAAACUAGUAGCUAACAUUGCCUCUGGGGGGCAGAGAUAAGCAUAGGUCUUGUCUGCCGAGGGAUAAAAAUCAACCACCUUUGUCUUCCUAGUGGGAACUUUUUCUACUUUCCAUUCAGGUUCUGUAUGUGUAGAAAUAAGUAAGGAAGUCUCAAACACCAUGUUGCUAACCUUACAGAGAGGUUUUAAGUAAUAGAAGAUCUGUGUCUUUUCCCCUCCAGUAACACCACAGGCCUGAAAUUGAUACUGGUCUUUCAGUAUUUUAAAAAAUAUAGUGACCAUUUGAGAAACUCUUUCAUAGUGGAUAUUGGGCUCAUGUGGAACUUUAAACAUUCUUUAGAGUUUGCCUAAAGAUCAAAAUAUCAUGGGUUGAAUGGCAUCGAUUGAUCCAGUGUGGAUGAGGCUGCAAAAAUCAGAGCUGGCCAGCACCAGGAGUUUCCAGUCUGGUCUGCAACUGACCAGUUUGGGGUGAUUUCUGUUGUUUUGGGAAGUCCUUAUGGGUUCCAGUGUACUACCGGCAUCUAGGUAUUUCUGAAUUGAUAUAAGUGGAAUAUUUUAAUCUAAAAGUUUUCAUGUUCCUUGAAUCUUUUAAAAAAUGAAGCUUUAUUUCUGCUAUUUACCCAUUAAUUUUUGAAAAUCAGGUUUUUCACUUAAAGCUGUAUCUUGAAACUUUGUGAACUGAUUGUAUUUGCACUUUGAGCUAUUAAAAUAAAUGUGGUUUUUUUUUCUGUCUGA